AUGGACAAGAAGGUGGUGCUGAUCACGGGAUGCUCCUCGGGAAUCGGUCUUAGUCUGGCUGUCCGGCUAGCCUCUGACCCCAACAAAAAAUUCAAAGUCUAUGCGACGAUGAGAAACCUGGCCAAAAAGGAGCGUCUCUUAGAGUGUGUGAAGGGCCUGCACAAGGAUACCUUGGACAUACUCCAAAUGGAUGUGACGAGCCGGCAGUCCAUUCUGGAUGCGAGGGACAGGGUUGUGGAGAAUCGAGUGGACAUUCUGGUGUGCAAUGCUGGUGUGGGUUUGAUGGGUCCACUGGAGGUCCAGUCCUUGGACUCAAUGAGGCAGAUUCUGGAGGUCAACCUCCUUGGUACCAUUCAGACCAUCCAGGCUUUCCUACCGGACAUGAAGGCUCAGGGCAAGGGCCGCGUUCUGGUCACUGGCAGCACUGGAGGGCUUCACGGUCUCCCUUUUAAUGAGGUGUACUGUGCCAGUAAAUUUGCAAUAGAGGGAGCAUGUGAGAGUUUGGCUGUCCUCCUGCAACACUUCAAUAUCCAUGUGAGUCUCAUUGAGUGUGGUCCAGUCAACACUGAUUUCCUGGUUAACCUGCAGAAGACGGAGCUCGGGGAUGAGUCUCUGCAACUGGUCGAUACCCAAACACUCAGCCUCUAUGAAAAAUACCUGCAGCACUGUGGCUCCGUUUUCCAAAACGCAGCACAGGACACUGAGGAUAUUGUAAAGGUAUUUCUGGAUGCCAUCCAGUCACCCAGCCCUGCAUUCAGAUACUUCACCAGUGAUGUCAUGCCACCUCUCACCAAACUGAAGAUCACAGAACCAGAUGGCUCACGGUACAUCAGUGCGAUGAGCAAAAUCAUUUUCUCUGCUGAGGAACAAUAAUUUCGUACAUGUCUUAUUUCCAACCAGGCCA